AUGGCCACUCCCACCAACGGCGCAUACGCUGCCUCGAUCUCGGGCUCCAAAAAGCUCGAGGAGGUCUCCUCCCUGAUGGAACAGCUGCGGCUGGAUCUCAAGGACUCCCAUAUGCUCCUACAUCAACGCAACACUGCAUUGGAGCAGAUCAAAAUCUAUGGUCGCAACGUCCAGGACGCCGACCCCAUCUAUACUCCGGAUGGCAUAGACACGUUGGCUCGCUAUGGCUUCUUCAAUUCCACGGCCGUCACGUCCCGGGAAGCGCUGCGCUGCCUGGCUAACGCAUUGCUCCUGCAACCACACACCCGGCAGGAACUGGUAGACCUGGGAUUUGCGGACAAGGCGGCCGAAAAGCUCAAGAGCGACAGCCCCGACGACGAAUUUCUGGCGUCACGGAUCCUCUUCCUCUUGACUUACGAGACGAACCUGGACUUUGAGUUGUUGAUGAAGAACAACCAGCUCGGCGAGACCAUCUUGCAAAGCGUGGCGCGGCACUCCAAGCGGUACUCGAAGGGCAGCCGGAAACCGUCCGCAGGCACGCCACUCGAAGACUUGGCGCUUUCGGAGACACUGAAGCUGGUUUUUAACCUCACACAUUUCUAUCCUGAUUUCGUCGACCAAUUCUCGAAAUGCGUUCCGGACCUCUUGAAGAUCUUGUACAGGACCAAGGUACCUAUGCCGCCACUUCAGCCGCCGGUCAACUACCUCAUAAACGCUCUCUUGAACUUGGACCUUGAGGACAACAAAUCGAAACAUUUCGGAAGCAGUCCCGUCUUCCCCAAGUUCGACCAGAAGGCCAACGCGGAGCAUCUUAUUGAGAUUCUGGACAAAUCCAUCAUCGCAUACACCGAGACCGAGCUUGACCAGGUUGCCGCGCCUCUCAUAACUCUUAUCCGCCGCAUCUACGAAUUCGCGCCCGAGAGUGUUAAGAAGUACAUGCAGUGGCUGCUGCUGCCGACGGAGGACGAGAGAAGCAAGCCGCUCGGAAAGUCGGACACGCUUUCGUCUCGCCUGUUGAACCUUACCACUUCGGCCAUGGCGCCGACUCUAAGAGGCUCAAUUGGAUCCAUGCUGUUUGAGUUGUCCAGCAAAGAUCCUUCCGACUUCAUUCACAAUGUUGGAUACGGUUUUGCAUCUGGAUUCCUGGUGAGCCAUAACAUCGAGAUUCCGGCCAACGCCAUGGACGCAUACAGCACGCACGGCAUGGAGGAGGGACAGAACAACUCAGCGGCAUUCAACCCCAUCACGGGACAAAGAUACGACACGGAAAAGCCUGUGGACGAAGGCCCGCCAAUGACACUAGAGGAGAAGGAAAGGGAAGCGGAGCGGCUCUUCGUGCUCUUCGAAAGGCUCAAAGCAACAGGCGUGGUCAACGUGCAAAACCCCGUCGAGCAGGCUCUAAACUCGGGUCGCUUCGAAGAGCUCUCCGACUCUGACUCUGAGACGGGGAAGAAAUGA